UUAACUUGCUUGUUUACUUUGGCAUCAUUCGUGUUUUCGUUGUCAUCGACAACAGUGGAGAGUUUGGAGAGAGCUCAGAGAAAAAAAUUUGUUUCGUUUCGUUCUCAUAUUGGGCAGCAAAUCCUCCAGCAAAAUUUGUAAUUUUUAACCAGAAAUAGAUAAAAUUUAAAACUAUUACAAUUGGAAAAUGAAUAUUCUAACUGUGUGAUACUGAAAUUUAAUACAAAUAGUGCAAAUUUGUGGUGAAAUAGUGGUUUUUCCGGCGAUACUAAAUUUCUCAAAAAAUCAAUGACAGCAAAAAAGCAGUGAAGCACCACCAUCAUCAGCAACAUCAGGAGGUGCAAAAGAAUAGCGGGAGGAAACUGAAAUCGUCGGAGUGUGAUAGGAAGAUGAAGAAGAAGCAACCAUAGGCAAGUAGUUAAGCAGCAAUCAGCGAAAUCAGACAGUGAACCAGUCCGCUAGCCGCAACCAGCGCCGAAAACAAAAACGUUCUUUCAAUUCGCGUUUGUGUGAUUUUUUUUUUUAAUUUUAUUUUGGAAGUGACUUCUCCAAUGAUGAGUUGUAGCUAAAGAUGAAGAGUAACACAAUGAAUAUCCGAAAAGAGAUAAAUACAAUAAUAAUGAAAGGUUUAAAAUAGAAGAAAAUGAAGCGAAAUUUGAAAUGGUGCUGUUGACGUUCUUUUAUUAAUGCUGCUGAAGCCGACGUCAACGUCGACGACGACGACUGUGACGGCAACGGUGGUAGCACAUAAGGCAAUGGUAGGAUUGGACGACGCAUUGUAAACGGAAAUAUCUUCGACAUGUAAUGAUUGCUCAAUGCAUAUUAACAAAUAAUUAGCUCAGAGAAAGAAUAUAUUGUUAAGCACAAGGUUGGAAAGUGUAAUAAGAUGUGUCACAUUUAGUGCAUUACCAAACAUUAAAAAAAAUUGAUAAAAAAUUAUUAUUGGAAAAUUUAAGGACGUUAUAACUUUAAAUCUGAUUAAAACAAUAUAAUUUCCUACCAUGUGUGAAAUGUAACAAUCUGGUAUAUUGUGAUUUUUCUUUUAUUGCAUGAGUCAACAAUGUUGGUUGGCUUUCGGAGUUAGGUGACAACUAAAAAUUUAUUAUAAAGUGGUUGCAAGUGUGCACAUAAGUUUUGAAAAAAUAUACCAACGAAAACUCCGAAGUUAGUUAUGGCGGUAAAAAAGAAAACAUUUGCUGAACGUAAAAACCGUGAAAAGAUCGACAGAAAAAUCGAUUAACACACCUGUAAACUUUGUCUAAAAAAGAACUUUUACUUUUAAAAAGGAAACUAACCUAACCCUUAUUGCGGACCAUAAAAAUAUACAAAUAUGGACGGACAAAGGGCGCGGGACAUCUUAACACUGCUUCAGGAGCGUGUUGUUUGCCUCACGGGUGGUCGUGAUAGACGAGGUGGUCCAUUGUUAUGCUUUCCAGCAACACCAAAACGCGAUCGCCUUAAACCGGAGGAUUUACGUCGUUUGCUUAGCUAUUUAAUUAUGAUACCAAGUGAUUCGGCGAAGAACCUCGGCUUCACGGUCAUCAUUGAUAUGCGAGGCAAUGGCAAUUGCUCCACCAACCUAAAGACAAUACUGAAAGUACUGCAGGAGCACUUUAGCGCUAACAUACACAACGUGGUGCUCAUUAAACCGGAUAAUUUUUGGCAGAAGCAACGCGCUUCGAUAUCGACAAAUAAAUACAAAUUUGAAACAUCGAAUAUAUCGAUCGAGGCGCUACACAAAAUAGCCGAAGCGCAUCAAUUGACUUCCGAUUUUGACGGCACGCAGCCGUACGAUCACCAACAGUGGACCGAAUCGCGUUUGGCAAUCGAAGAUUUCUUUUGGCAAGCGAGCGAUAUGGCCGAUCGCAUUGACGAUCUGCAAGAAGACUUGCAGCGCAAUGAUUUCGCUGAAGAUGUUAACGGCGCAAAGCAUUCACUCGAUCAUCACAACGAAAUGAAGAAGAAAAUACAAAAUCUGCCGAUUGAAGAUUUGGAAUUGCAGAGCAAGAAAUUGCUCGCUAAGAUCAAUAAGAAUGCCGGUAGCGCUGGUGUGCCCGGCCGACAGCCCUGUGUUGGCUCCGGCGCCGACUGUGGUGGCAGCGAUUCCGGCACUUCAACACAGACGCAAAACUCUUCGCCAGCUUUUCGCGCUGCCAACAAUAAUCCUGAUAUGGCCGCGGCCAUCAAUAAAGCGCUGCGUCAAGUUGACCUCAUACGCAAUGGCCAACAGCGUUUGCUCACCUUGUGGCAACACAAAAAGUCCAAGUUGGAUCAGUGUUUUCAAUGGCGUCUCUUCGAGCAGGAUUGCGAGAAAAUGUUCGAUUGGAUAUUGCACAAUCGCGAUGUCUUUCAGAUGUCUUAUGUCGAAAUUGGACAUAAUUAUUCUGUGGCGAAGUCACUGCAGGAUGAGCAUCAGAAAUUCGCAGUCGCCUCCAUGAAUGUAUCAGUCAAUAUUGAUCGCAUACUUGCCGUGGCCUCACGCCUCAUUGAGAGUCAACAUUACGCAGCGCAACACAUCAAAACACUAGCCACGCGCCUCGAUCGCACAUGGAAAGACUUUGCCGCUGGUCUGGAUGAACGCACAGCGGUGCUGCAGCUGAGCGUACUCUUCCACCACAAGGCGGAACAGUAUUGCAAUAGUGUGGCCUCAUGGGCAGCCGCCUGUCAGGCCUCGCAACCGCUACCAUCGGACAUACAGAGCCUGGAGACAGCAAUACGUACGCAUCAGUCACUGUACGAAGCCAUGUGUCAGGCCUACACGGAGGUGCACUCGACCAGCAAGAAACUACUCUACCAAUUGGAUCAUCUGGUACAGGUGUGCAAUCAACCACCGCCGCCUGGUGUGCCCGAUCACCGCAAGAACAGUAGCUUUAAUAAAUAUGAACGCCAAAAUCCGGCAGCUGACUACAGUGAGGGCGCUUCACAUGUGCUCGCUGUAAUCCACCAAAUACUGGGACAUCACCGCUCAUUGGAGGCGAAGUGGCAUCAAGAGAAAAUACGAUUGCAUCAAACAUUGGCGUUGCGCCUCUUCCAAGAGGAUGUGAAACAAGUGUUGGAUUGGCUGAAGAAUCAUGGUGAGGUGUUUUUGCGCAAGAAUACCGGCAUUGGACGCAACCUGCAAAAGGCGCGCGUCUAUCAAAAGUCGCACGAACACUUUGAGAAUGUGGCACAGAACACGUAUAGCAAUGCGGAGAAACUGCUUUCGGCUGCAGACGAACUGGCACGAAGUGGCGAGGCUGAUCCCAAUGAGAUUUACUCAGUGGCACGCGAGCUGGAGUUGCAGGUGGCCAGUUUCGCCGAGCGCGUAGAACAAAGACGUCGUCGCUUGGAAAUGGCUGUUAUAUUUUACACACACGAAAAGGAGGUCACCGCUUGGAUUGAUCAAUUGCGUACCGACGUGUCCACCGAUCAAACUAUGCUUUCUCAAGAGAAUCUCGAAGGCAUCGAACGACAUCUGCAGCAAUUCCGUGAGCAACAGGAAAGCACACUCAAAGGUUGCAUGCAGACCAUAGCUCAAGGCGAGGCGCUGUUGCAGGAAAUGCGCUCACUCGAAUAUGACGAGAAUAGUUUAUCCAUAUCGGGACUUGAAACGACUUUAGAGAAGCUGACCAAACAGAAAGUGGAAUUGGAGGAGCUUUGGUCAGCGCGUCAAUAUCGCGCCGAUCUAAUACUCCGUUUACGCUACUUCGAGCGUGACGCAAUGGAACUCUCAUCACAGUUGGAGAUUUGGUCGGAGGAGUUGCAGCAUGCCGACUUAUCACGUGACUACCAAAAAGCAGAACAAUUGAUACGCAUGCACAACGACUCCGUAACUGACAUACAGAACACCACUUAUGAGGUGCUACAGCAGGGACAGGACCUACUGCAAAUGUUCGAAACGGCUGGCAUCAUUUCGAUGGCUGAUGCCACGCACACAGCGCAGGCGCGCAUACAGUACCUCUUGGACUUUUUGGGCGAACGUGAAAUUGACCUUGAGGAACUGUCUGAAGCGAAGCGCGCGAAAUUGGAGCAAGCCGUGCAGCUGUGCCAGUUUCAAAAUGAUGCCAAUCAAGUAAUAUCGUGGAUACGCAAUGGUGAAGCCAUGCUGGUGGCCAGUUUUGUUACGCCCAAUAGCUUGCAGGAGGCCGAACAGCUACGCAAGGAACACGAACAAUUCCAGGUUGCCAUUGAGAAAACACACACCUCCGCCGUACAGGUAAAAUAUCGCGCCGAUGCGCUCAUCAAUGCCAAUCAUUAUGAUCCACAAUCGAUACGAGAAAUCUCCGAUGACGUCACCAAGAAGUGGCAACAACUGGUCACCUACGCCGAAGAGCGUCACAAAUUGGUGACCGCCUCAAUGAAUUUCUACAAAACCGCGGAGCAAGUAUGCUCCGUACUCGACAGCCUAGAGCGCGAGUAUCGCCGCGAAGACGAUUGGUGCGGCGGCGGUGGCUCUAGUGAUAAAGCGCAAACUAUUGUGCAGCUAAUUUCGAAGCAUCAGGAACAAAAGGAGGCAUUCCUCAAAGCGUGCACACUGGCACGUCGCACCGCCGAAACAUUCCUUAAAUAUGCAAAUCGUUCGCAACAGUACUACAAGUACCAGUCGCAGGGUAACUGCGAGACGCACGUACGCACCAUACUCGAUAAGCUGUUGACGCAGGAGAAUCAGGUGCUCGAAUUUUGGACACAACGCAAAAAAUCGCUGGAUCAGUGUCAGCAAUUUGUGCUGUUCGAGCGCAGCGCUAAGCAAGCCAUCGAAUGGAUACACAACACCGGUGAGGCCUAUCUCUCCUCACGCACCAAUCUGGUGGGUAAAACACGCGAAGAGACCGAGGGUCUGCUCAAAGAGCACAACGAAUUUCGCGGCACGGCGAAGGAAACGCGUGAGCGUGUUAAACUGCUCAUCCAGCUGGCCGAUAGCUUGGUGGAGAAGGGUCAUGCACAUGCUAGCGCCAUCAAGCAAUGGGUGGCGUCAGUCGAUCAAAGAUAUAAGGACUUCAGCAAUCGCAUGGACACUUAUAGAGAACAGUUGGAAAAGUCAUUGGGCAUGUCAAUGGUGGUACCGGUAGAGUCGGACGCAAACUCUUCAAUUAGUUCUGCAUCUGGCUCCACCACCGAUCGUCACUCAGAUCCUUCGCUAGAGGCCAAACUCACCACAUCCUCCACGGCCGCAUCGAAGGAGAUUAACGAAGAGAAACGUAAAUCCGCACGCAGAAAAGAAUUCAUUAUGGCCGAAUUAAUGCAGACUGAACGUACCUAUGUAAAAGACUUGGAAACUUGCAUCAAAUGCUUCCUUGAAGAAUUCCGAACUGGGCAGGGUGUGCCAGCUGCAUUGGCCGGCAAGGAGGACACACUCUUCGGCAAUAUACGUGAAAUUUAUAAUUUCCAUCAGAAGAUAUUUCUACGCGAAUUGGAGAAAUACGAGACCAUGCCCGAAGAUGUUGGCCAUUGUUUCGUCACUUGGGCUACGAAAUUCGAUAUGUAUGUGUAUUAUUGCAAAAAUAAACCGAUCUCGAAUAAUCUGAUGGUACAACAUUCGGGCACAUAUUUCGAUGAGUUGCAACAUCGGCACAAGGUCGAACAUCCCCUACCAGCUUUUCUCAUCAAGCCCGUACAACGUAUUACGAAAUACCAAUUAUUACUCAAGGAUUUACUCUCCUGCUGCGAGGAAAGUCAUGGUGAAAUCAAGGAAGGUUUAGAGGUUAUGUUAAAUGUGCCGAAGAAGGCGAACGACGCAAUGCAUUUGUCAUUGUUGGAGAACUGUGAUCUGCCCAUAGAUAAUUUGGGCGAGGUGGUGUUGCAGGAUGCAUUCCAAGCUUGGGAUACAAAGCAAUUGAUACGCAAAGGACGUGAGCGGCGUGUAUUCUUAUUCGAAUUGUAUUUACUCUUUGCCAAGGAGGUGAAGGACUCAAACGGUUCCGUUAAAUAUCAAUUCAAAAGUAAACUCAUGACAACCGAUAUGGGCAUCACCGAACACAUCGAGGGCGAUGAAACUAAAUUCGCUGUGUGGACAGGCCGUUCGCCAAUGCUCUCCGACUGCCGUAUUGUAUUAAAGGCAAAUAGCUUGGAGACUAAACAGGUUUGGGUGAAGAAAAUGCGCGAAGUUAUGCAAGAAACCUGCUUUUCGGGCACCUCGCUUACACUACCGAAGUCGCCGGCAAAGAAUUCUGGCUCAUCGCAACGUUCGUCGCGCGAUUUAGAUGAACCACUGACGGAAAAUGAUCACGAUCGCUGCUCAUUGGCCAGCUUUGGUUCCGGCAAUACCACAGAUAGUGACAAUAAGAUUGGCAGCCACGAGGGUACUUGGGUGGUCGCCGAUUACAUAGCAACGCCCGGCUCCAACGAGUUAAGCGUGUCUAAAGGGCAACAAGUUGAAGUGGUGGAAGCACCCUCUGCCGCCGAGCCAGAUUUCUGUUUAGUGCGCCUAAAUCCACAAAGCGACGAUGCAGCCGUACAGGAAGGACUAGUACCCGUUUCUAUACUUAAACCAUCGCCAAGCGCACAGAAGAACAGUUCAGCGCGGAAGGAAACAAACGAUGUCAUGCAGGAACAAAGUAAUAAUCGCGGCAAACCGGACCCCUUGACUUCAUCCACCAAACGACGCGGAUUUAGCGGGCCAAAAUGGUUUCCUCUACGCAAACACUCACAGAACAAGAACGAGAAGUCACCAGCAGAAAAACCACUUACCAAGAAAUCCUCAGAGAAGAGCUUAAGAUUGACACAAAAACAAAGCGAACAGGAUGAGAAGAACCUUUCAAGUUCAGCCACAGCAAGCAGUCGGGGUCAUUAUGGCACAUCGGCGGCGACAUCACAGGCCAAUGCCGCACAAGCAGCCGAGUACGAGGCCGAGGAAGAAGCUGGCCUCGAGCUACCGCCGCCCAUGAAACCGCUACAGGAGCCCCACUUAAUGGCCAACGGUCCGCCCGUGUUCGCCAAGGAUCUCAAAGAGAAUUCCAAAAACUUGGCUAGCGCUGGAAAAAUGGAAGGGAAUCCCGCCGUAGAUUUGUCAGAAAUUGAGCAAAUUGUCAAAGAGAAAACGGAACAACACGAGGAGAAAUCGAAAAUAUUAAAACCAAACGUAAACAACUGCGGCAAUAGCAACAAUGCAGAUGUUUGCGCCAGCAACGGUUGCAGCACAGUUGGUAAGAAAACCGAUGCUACAGACAGUUACGAUAACAGCAACUCUUACAACCAUGAGGAGCGCAAUACCGAGAACAGGGAUGUUGAGAGUGCGCUUCGAAUGCGUCAAUACGCAAUCGAUGAGUUAAUAACCACCGAAAAGUCAUAUAUUGAGGACUUGAGAAGUAUUGUUGAUGAUUACCUAGCCGAGGUGCUGGAUCCCAAAAGUGAUAUACCCAAACCCGAUGAUUUGAAGGGCGGCAAAGAGCGCAUGGUUUUUGGCAACAUUGAAGCUAUCUAUGAGUGGCAUAAGAAAUCCUUUUUGGAGGCGUUAGUGCGCUGCCGCAAUUCACCCUCCGAUCUGGGCCCCCUAAUGAAUCGUUAUGAAAACAAAUUCGAAAUGUAUAAUAAAUAUUUUCAAAAUAAGCCCGUAUCGGAUCAUAUUGUGACCAUGCACCUGCUGUAUUUUGACAAAAUCAGACAGAAUUUAGGUAGCCGCUUGGAUCUCAACGAUUUGCUCAUAAAACCAGUGCAGCGAUUGCCGAAAUAUGUUUUGUUAUUCAAAGAGAUUGCCAAAUAUGCCCGCGCCGCUGGGCGUGAUGCCGAAGUGGUUGGCGUCGAAGACGCUAGGUGCAUUAUGAGUACGAUUUGUAAGAAAGCUAAUGAAGCGAUGGAAUUGCGUCGUUUACAAAAAUUCGAGGGUAAAAUCAAUUCCCAAGGAAAACUUCUAUUACAUGACAAACUCUACUGCAUUGAUGCUGAAAAAGCUGAUCGCAAUGCUUAUAUGUUGCAGAAACCGCGUGAACUUUAUGUUUUCUUUUUUGAGCAGAGCAUAAUUUUCGCGGAUAUCGAUGGCAAGAAACUACAAUAUAGUAGUCCAACAUACACCUAUCGCUCGCAUAUACAGGUCAACAAAAUGCAAUUAGAAGAAUUGGAAAACAAUCGUUUUCAGCUCAAAUCGACCGAUCCAAAUAAACCGGGCUUGAAGAUAAUUUGCUAUGCGUCAACCGUGGAGUUGACCAACGAGUGGCUGCGCACCAUACGCAAUAUACUGCAGAAGCAAAUUGAUUUAAUGCAAGCCUUAACCAGCCCAAUCGAAUAUCAACAACAGCAGCAACAACAGAAUUAAAAUUCACAAACAAACCUAAAUGAAAACCUACAAAAACAACAAAAUAGCAAUCAUGUACAAUUAUUUGCCACAAGACAAAACAACAAUUUAUAGAACACUAUUUGAAAUCUACUUAGAUAGAAAUAUGUGCUUGAACAUGGCAAAGCGAAAUUUUAAAUCAAUGAAAGAGUAAAAAUGCAUACUAAGAGGAAAUGCAAAGUUAAAAGUGGCACAAAAGUCAAAAGUGUUUACAAAGUGAGGCGCCAAGCGUUUGUAUUGAAGUACUAAGACACACACGCUUUUAUAUUCUAACAGUUAUUUUUAUUUGUAUGCUAAAUGUCUUCAUGUUGUACCCCCUUUGUAUUAGUUGAGAGAAAGACUAUAUAAAAAACGCUCGCCAAUUUCAAAUUAGUUUUAUCUAACGAUAUUCCCUUUGUUUUAGUGCUGCGGGUGCAUUUUUAUGUAUGUCUAUAUAUGAUUUUCGCAAUAAGUAUUAGUCGUUAGUCUGGCUGUAUUUAUGUAUGUACAUAAGUCGGGCAUGCAGCAAAAUGCGUUUGUUAUUGUGCAAACUGUUACAUAUUUACAACAUAAUUUGUAUAUUUGUUUACGCUUGCGCGUUGUAACGACCGAAAAUUUGUUGUCAAAGGUAUAAGCUAUUUUAAAGCAAUUUUAAUUUUUCAACAAAUUCAGUUAGUACUAGUGUGGAAUUAUCCAAAAAGUGAAAGCGCAUGCUAUAUGCGUUCGAUAUUAUAUGUAAUUUAUUAUUAAUAAUUUUAAUUUUUUUUCUAUAGCGAAGAAAACUAUAUCUAAAUAUAUUUUAUGGAUAAGUACUGAGAUAAGUACGGAGCAGAGUUAUAAGUGUAAUAAAUUAUAAUUAAAUGGAAUGUUGAAACAGCUUGCAUACUUAAGCUGCAUACUGUAUAAUUUAAGUGAUCCUAACGAGUGAUUUAUGCUGUUAAGAGAUAUGUAUUUAAUUUAAUUUAACUCAUUUUCUUUUAUAAAUUUACAAAUAUCUUUAAUUAAGUAAAAAAAUACAAAAAAGUUAAAAUGGCAGUUUUAUGUUUCAUUUCAAUGAUUUUGUUCCACCAACAAGCAUUGGUCGUCGCACGAUGACAUUUUAUUAUACCCUGAACGGGGUGUUUUAAGUUUGCCACAAUGUUUGUAACACCCAAAAGGAAACGUCGGAGACUUUAUAAUAUUAAUAUACCAUAUAUAAAUGAUCAGCGUGACGAGCUGAUUCGAUUUAGCCAUGUCCGUCUGUCUGUAUAUACUCGUACUAGUUCCUAAGUUUUUGAGAUAUCGGUAUGUAAUUUUGCACACUUCCUUUUCUCCCCAAGAAGCUGCUCAUUUGUCGGAACCAUACAAACUGGACGCGCAAAAUCAAGUCCUUGUAUGGAAAUCUUUUAAAUUUGACAAGAUAUCUUCACGAAAUUUUUCACGAAGAAAUUCGGGCAGAUCGAGCAACUAUAGUAUAUAGCUGCAAUACAAACAACCGACCAAACUCACGCCCUUGUUUGCAAAACUUUUUUAUUUGACGAGAUAUCUUCACGAAAUUUGGCAUGGAUUAUUGUCCAAGGCAGCGGUAGAAUCUCCGAGAUCGAAUCACUAUAGCAUAUUGUUGCCAUACCGUUCAAAAUCAAGUCCUUGUAUGAAUAAUUUUUAUUUGUGAAGCUAUAAUAGCUUCAGUGCAACCGAAGUUGACGUUUGUUUUUUGUUUCGUAUAUGUUUGACACGAAGGUAACAAAUGUAGACGAAGAAGCAUUGGAAAACUAAUCUUUAUUAUUUGAAUUACAAUAAUUUUCGCGACGCACAAGCUAACCAAAAUGAAAUAAUUUCAUAAUCACAUAAUCAAGUGCAAAUUAAAUAUACAAAAUAAAUAUUUGAGUUUAAUAAAAAAAAAAUUUAAAAAAUACUAACGACAAUUACAAUAGUCCAUGUGUCAUAAAAUGAUAUGGAAUAGCGAAGUAUGUGCGCAAGUGCACAUGUAUGUAUGUAUAUCUAGGUAAAGUGUACGUUUUAAGUCAAGCAUCUCUAAAUGUCGUAAGUGUGAUUCAAGUUUAGAAAUAUGAAAAUUAGUUAACGGUUAGGGCACAAUGUACAGCAUAGCAUUUAAGCAAAAGGUUAAACAUCAAAUGUAAUAUCAAACGUUAGGUAAUUGAGCGAGGUAAAGGCGAUCAGCAUAUAACGGUUGAUUGCAAUCAAAUUGGUUUUCAUUAAAGUUUUUUCCUUUUUAGUUACAAAUAUGAAAACAGCAACGGUUUAAGCUUAGUUUUGUGUUAGAAAUAUAAAAAAUUUUGUUCUCUGCGUGUGGCCAUUCGACAAAAUUGCGUCUGGCUGCAUGUGUUUAAACAGAAAAAAAUAUGUUUAAAAAAUUUUGAGAAAUGUAAUUUAAAUUUAAUUUUAGCACACAAAGUCUUAUCUUAGCCUUGAAAAUCUGUUUAGUUCGUUGAAGUUAAAAUCGGGGUCUCGAUCUUUUCUAAUACCAACAUCUGAGAUUCAAAAUAAAGUUUUCAUUUUUAAUUCCGGUUUUGGGAUUAAAAAUUUAAGUUUUUAUUUUUGGGAUUAAAGAAUAUUAAAAAAUGUAAAUGUUAUUUUUAAAUAUAAUAAAAAUUCUAAAACUAUUAAUUUCUUUAUUUUUAAUCAUAUACUAGUGGUUAAAUUUCGUUGCAAUCCGUUAUUUGGGAUUACAAAUUAAAUAAAAAUAAAUAUUUAAUCCCAAAAGGAUUACAAUUCUUUUUUCAUUUCCAUGUCUGUGAUUGCAUUUUUUAAGAUCUUCGGGAUUACAAAAUCAAAAAAAAAAUUAAUUCAAAUGUUAAUUCCAGUAAUUUUGAAUACAUUAUUGGCUACCCUGGUUAAAAUUAACAUAAUUUUGAAUAAACUUUAAAAAUUAUUAAAAAAUUAAUUGAAUAAGAUCUCUAGUAAAGCUUGAACAUUAUACAAGUAUACUAGCUUUACUAGGCUAUAGCACGCAGCAGAUUUGGUUUGUUGUGAAAACGGUCAAUUUAUUUAAAUAUUUUGUUUUGUUUAUGUUAAUGUAGUAUAUUAUACAUUAAAACAUUUAUGGGCAAACUAGCGCUCUUUUAUUUUUUAUUUAAUUUUUUUAUUAAAUUCUUUUUUUUUAUAUCAAGCUUUCGAAGUCCACAAAAAUGAAAUGAGACACUGAAAGACUUCAAAACAAAUAAAAUAGCCAAGUUGAAUAAUUAUGGAAGCUAAAUUUCUGAAAUGCGCAAGUCAUAUACAGAAAGCAAGAAGGUAUAAACACCUAGUUAUACAAGAUAAGUACUUAAAUAUAGCUAAUGGAUAAAGUUUUUUCUGAAAAGUCUUGAAAUGUGUUUGUAUGUGUAAAACUAUGAAAUUGAAGAAUAUUAGGAAGUAAUAAUAAGGCGAUGGAUAUUGAUAUGUAUUUUUUUACUCAAUUACUAAAAAGGGUUAAAAAAAAAUAAAUCAAAAAAAAUAAUAAUAAAUGCAAGUACGUAAUUGUGUAUGUAAAGUUCAUAAAACAUUCUCACAACAAUACUAAAAAACAUGGUUUAAACAAAUCUUUGUAUGGCCGGUGCAGUAGUUAGCACUAAAGAGCGUUACAAGCAAAUUACAAACGCAUAAUAAGUGCUUAAUUCAAAAUGCAAAACGAAAAAACCAAUAGACAUUAACACCAAAACUUAUUGAUUUUGACCUUUGAUCACAUGAAUUUUGAAAUUUUUUGUUUGAUAUAAUGAAUGUCUCUCAUUACAUCAAACAAAAUAUGUAUGCACAGGCAAAUAUUUUUAGUGAUUUUUGUGUGCACAUUCAUAUGUAUGUGGGCAAUGCUUACACAUACAUAUAUGCACGUAGUUGCUUAAGUUUUAUGUAAGUGUUACCAGUUAUUUCUAAUUGUUAUCCUUUUAGUAUAAAACAUAUUUAACAAUCAAUAUUCCUCUUGGUUCUGUCGGUCACUCUCAACAAAUACCGACAGAGCGCCAAUUUAAUGUCCGCCCUGAUUACACUUUAUGACUUUAAGGCAUAGAUCUCAAAUGUGAAUAUAUUUUGUUGAGCUAAUUAUGGUACAGUUUCAGAGACUUUUCCGAAAUUUUAAGUCAACACGAACUGAGCACAAUGCCAAAAAAAAAUUUAAUUAACACGUAUCUAACAUAGUGUUUUCUUUCUCCUUAUUGCCUUACAUCCUCACCAAUUGGAAUUUGGACUUUAAUAAAAUAAAUUUCAUAAGCAAACAUUGUAGAUAAAUUUAAUUACUAUUUUAACUAUAAUCUAUUAUAUUAUCUAAAAUCAACUAAGAAUUUGCAGAGAAACUUGGCUUUCAUAAAAAUGGGUUUCUCACAUAACAUAUGUAUGUAUAUGAAAUUAUUAAAACAUACUAUAUAUACAUAAUAUUACAGUAUAAUCACGGUUAUACCACAUACAUACACACACGAAACCCCACGAAAUUGCUGGUUUUAAGUAAAAGAAAAGAGCUUAGGUAAUAUAUCUCAGAAUUAGUGGCAAAAUGUGUGUUUUAAAGUUUGAAAUUAACAUUCGUGCAUACACACAUGCACAUAAAGGAUGACAGUUUGUUGAUGUUUAUAAAAAUAAUACUGAAUUUCGUAUAACAUGCAAACAUUUUGAAUUGAGUAAUAAUUCGUCAAGGUUCAACAUAUUAUUUUUGCAUGUGAAAGCAAAAUACCAAACAUCUCUUAAAAUGUCUAUCGCAAAAAACAUAAUAAUUUGUUUCAAUUUCUAAUUAAAUUAAAUUGUAGUAUUUAUGGUAGUCAAAAUAAAAGAUGCAUAAUAAUUAAUUAAUUAAUAAAUUAUAUAUAUUGCAUAUAUAUACAUAUAUAUCAAAGCGAGCAAAAAACAAAGAAUAAUAUUAAAUAUUCACAGUAAGCAGAACAUGGAAAUAAAGGCAUGAUACUUUACUUCGAGAAAAAAUAAAAUUAAA